AUGACUGGCGAAAACAAAUAUCAUUGCAAGUUUUGUACAAGAAAGCAAGGAAAACCAAUAGAAGAUAAGUCGACUGGUAAAAGCAGCACCAAAGAAGCACAAGAUGAGCCUUUCCUCGAUGUGUUUAAGCAAGAAGAUAAGAAAUUUGCACCAGUGUAUACGGUAUCAACAGCCCAAAUGCUUAUUUGCGAAUUGCCUAAAGUAGUAGUUCUAAACCUGAAGCGUUUUGAGCAUGUUGGAGCAUCGUUUAGAAAGUUAGCAAAACACAUUACAUUCCCGUUACAGUUAGACAUGUUGCCUUUUUGCACCGAUGAUUGCAAGGUUCGAGGUGGCAGUAAUUCUACUGGAUUAUACGAAUUAUUCGGUGUUGUCGUGCAUAUCGGUCGACUAGGCGGCGGCCAUUAUUCUGCUUAUGUUAAGGCUAGAACAAGCCAAUCAGAUCUGAUGUCAGAAGUUACAGAAUCCAUAGAGCAAGAUGAUUUAAAGGAAUCUGCACUACAUGAUGCAUUACAAAAGUUAAAAGAAUGCAGCAUGACUUUCAAGCAAUCCGAUCUUCGUUGUCAACCAGGUGCUUGGUACCACGUUAGCGAUCUACAUGUAUCGAAAGCUUCUGAAAAUCAGGUCUUAAAAGCUCAAGCUUAUAUUCUAUUCUAUAAACGUUUAUUUGUUAAAGGCUAA